ACAACACGAGUACUGUGAUUUAUUUUGUAUUUAUGUUAUUAUCAGAUUUAGUAAUAUUACUGUUUGGAGAGUGCAUUGCUUUCAAGACAACAAGCCAGUGUUAUACAUCUUCGUAUGAGCAAAUUACGAUGUUAGCAACAGUAUAAUCAAACAAUAAAGCGACUGAAGCCUGACAAAUCUACAUAUCACGGAAAACAGCAGUACCUGUGGAACACUAUAGGAUGUGAGGUCAUAAAAUUAACCCAAACAUCUGAAGGGGCCCAUGGGAUCAGAACGGAUGGAGAUGCGUAAGCGGCAGAUAUCGGUGCAGCAGGAGACAGGGAGCACUGCACAAGCGCAGCAGGAGACAGGGAGCACUGCACAAGCGCAGCAGGAGACAGAGAGCACUGCACAAGCGCAGCAAGAGACACAGAGCACUACACAAGCGCAGCAAGAGACAGGGAGCCGAGGAUCCAAUGCCUGCUGCUUCUGCUGGUGCUGCUGCUGCAGCUGCUCGUGUCUUACUGUUAGGAAUGAAGAUGAAGGUGAUAGGUCUGCACGAGCCUCCCAUGACGUCAGGGCGGAAGGCACCCCAAGCUGCGAAGAAAGCCCAAAGCCGACACUGGAGGAGGUGGGCUCCUGGGGGCAGUCCUUCGACAAGCUAAUGAAAAGCCCAGCUGGACGAGAUGCUUUCCGCGAUUUUUUACGAACAGAGUUCAGCGAAGAGAACAUGCUGUUUUGGCUAGCCUGUGAGGAACUUAAAAAGGAAACCAACAAAAGUGUCAUAGAAGAAAAAGCACGGCUUAUAUAUGAAGACUACAUUUCAAUCCUUUCACCUAAAGAGGUCAGCCUGGACUCCAGAGUUCGGGAAGUGAUCAACAGGAAUAUGCUUGAGACAACAUCCCACACAUUUGACGAUGCACAGCUGCAGAUAUACACCUUAAUGCACAGAGACUCAUAUCCUCGAUUCAUGAACUCUUCAGUCUACAAGAACCUGCUCCGGACCUUAUCGGAACCGUCCUCAGAAUCUUAGGAACUGUCUUUCCUUUUCUUAAAUUAGUUACAAUAGAAAAUGGCAGUGGGCCAAGUGGCCACUCACAGGGACCUUAGACCUAUAGGAUCUGCCCCUGAAAUGUAUACUCAGGCCUAUUUUACUACGGAUUUUAAAGUCUCAAAUCUGCAGAGGGCUCACCACACCACUACCAAGCUAAUGCAGCUUCAGACCAACUUGGCAAGACACUCCAAAGGAUAACUCAAGAAAAAACUAAACAAUAAAAAAGC